AUGAACUCCAUCCAGCAUAUCGACGAGCUGGUUAAGGAGUACCUCCUGUUCCGAGGAUUCACCAACUCGUACAAGGCCUUUGAGGCCGACAGCAAGACGGACAAGGAUAAAGGAUUUCAGGCGGACAAAAUUAUCGAGGAGCUAUUUUUGUCGAUUGCGGCCAUGGACCUGACGGCGCUACUGGAUCAUUGGCGAUACCUCGACAUUCGUUACUUUUCACGACUCGACCAUCGGUUCGCGGGGAGUGUCAAGAAGUUUGAGCUCUGCUUGCUCCGUUACUACCUCAUCUAUGCUAUACAACACAAGAAACGGGAGAAGGUGGUCGAGUUCUUUGAGAUUCAUGGAGCGGAACUUCAGGGCAACCCAGAGUGGGUACGAUGGUUUGCGUUGCCAUUCUCGAAAAAGCCUGAGGCAGACCCAGAAUUCGACUUGUUCUUUUCGAAAGCAUGGUUGGACACUUUUACGAUAUCCCUUCACAACUUUUUGAGUACCGUUUUUCAGAACAUGCCAUUGCCGAGUCUACUCUGCUUCAACAUUGACCGAUUGCAUAGGAAGGCGCUUCAGUGCGAGAUUGAGACACUUCAGAGCAUGAUCGAGAACCUGCGCAAGGAGAUUCAGUCAAGCGACGCCGAGAUCUCCUCCUUGAGAGACCAGGUUGCGCUGAAGAAAGUUACUGGUGCGAGGAGGCGGCGAGCUGCAUCUAUGGUUGAACCACAGGUGGUGAUCCACACAGACGACGUGAAGAGCGACGGGUUACCGAAGCGGGCCGUCUCUCAGUCAUCACAAAUCUCGCAGACAAAUCGCUUGGCUGUCACGAACGCACGACGACUCCGGGCAGCAUCCGACGCGGCGUCGAUCGCGAAAUCCGAGGCAGGGUCCGAAUCCAGUGGAACUACAUCCAUCUCAGACGAGGACCUUUCGCGUAGUGGCGGUAUUGAAGAGCCCUUUAUUAUUGUCUCCCAGGAGAUCUUUCUGGAACACCAGUCCGGGAUCACACAUGCUAUGUUCUCAUGCGAGGGGACGCUGAUCUCGAGUUGCGAUGCGGAGAAUAUUGUGAGGGUUUGGGCGUAUAAUGGUUCGAGUGCCAUGGCGCCUGCCAAGAUUGCGAAUACUAGUAACAUCCUGUCGCUUGCUUGGGAGACCCGCGAUCGAUAUAUCUUUUUAGGUACGGAUGUCAGUUUGGUCCGCUGCUUCAGCCUGGAGUCUCGGACAGUCGUGCAUGAAAUUAAGACGGAUGCACAGUUUCCUCGGGUGAGGUACCUGGCUUAUUCCCCAGUGGAGCCAAUCCUUGUGUGCGCUGUUUCGUCUAGUGACGAUUCUACUGGCGCACUACUCUCUGUCAACAUGAAGACCAUGGCCACCGAGCACUUAGUGCUUUUGGAUGGAGGACCAGAAGAAGUUAUCAACGCCUUUGGGUUCAACCACAACGGCCAGUUGGUCGUCACAGGAGACGUUGGCGGGACCAUCAAAAUCUAUGAUAUUCGAUCGCUCACAAGGAUCAUGGAGUGGAGCGCGUCUAACCAGUCAAUUCUAUCAUGCACUUUCAGCUUUGACGAGACUUCGAUCUACAGUGUCGAUGCUCAGGGACAACUCUGUCAGGACUCUGUUCAUAAGCCGGGACAUAGAUUGGACUCUUACCCAUUGCAGGGGUUCACGUCUUCGACCCUGUCGUCAGCCAUGAUGUUGGCGUCUUCGUCUUCGACGAGUGUCCGGUCUGCUGGUGGAGGUAGCGUUCGUUCAAAAUCGUUUAUGAGGACUGUUUCGAGCAGUCCUGCUGGCGUUGGCGGUGGAGUUGCUGGGUCUGUGAAUACGGGCGGGGCUCAUAUUCCAAGGAUACAGCUUGAGAGCUCUGGGGGUACCGUCGCGACGGCUGAUAAUGCUGGCAGUGUUUCAGGAGCAGGCGCAGCAGGACAGGCUGGAACUGGAACCGGAACCGCGACAUCUAUUACAACAUCGUCUUCGUCAAAUUCAACAACUGCUACCGUCCAGGCAACAUCAUCGAUCUCAAGGACAUCGGCGAAUGGUGGCGGUGGUGCAAAGGAAACGACGAGUGCGCUGACGACAAUGAACAUUGGUCCCGGACAACUCUUGGGUUGGAGUGCAGAUACGGACCAUUUGGUGAUGGGCUGCGGCAACGCCGGCGUCCUUGUCCAGGUAACUGUGGGGAUUCAGAAAAUCAGCUGCCCUCUUUACUGA